AUGGGGAAAUGGAACAAUUGUAACAGCGACACGUCACGUAACAGUAUAAUGCGUAAUACGAGGAGAGGAACUUUCUUCUUGGAAGAACUUAGGUGGCGAAGGUAUAAGCUCGAUGAUGAUGGCGCCGCAGCAUCGGCGAUGAUUAUUUUUGGUGUAUCAUUUUUACAUAACUCGAUCGACGAUAAGAUCUCAUCUUUGCUACUCUUUAGCGUAGCUUUCGCUGUAGAAGCAAACAAGGCAACCACAUUAAAACCGUUAGCUGCGAGUAACACUGCAGCCAAGCAAUCGAGCCCAUUGAAAAUUUCAUCGCCUUCGAAAGAUGCUUCAAAACCAAAACCAACGACAAAUGGCAAAGUACCAAGUGAUGCCAAAGAACCAAAAGGGUUCACAUUAACAGGAGAUCAUCCUCCUGGUGGCAUUGCCGGUGGAAUAUUCACUGGCCAGGGUAAUACGUUGGCCCAUCACAUCGGAUACAAUUUGUACAAUAUUGGAAACAAACCGAUAUUCAACGGAUCUCCUUUCGGCAAACCAGGAAAACCAGUUGUUAGUCCUAAUCAUCUCAAACCAAUUAAACCAAUUGGAAUCAAACCUGGCGGAGGUGCUGCUGCUGUCAAACCUGGCGCAGGUGGCGCUUCUGGAGGAAGUGGAACAGGUGGUGGUCAAGCCAGCGGUGGCGGUCAGGGUCAAGGGAGCGGUUCUGUCACAGCGGGUGGAGGUGGAUAUGGGAAUAUUGGAGGUGGCGGAUCCGGUAGCGGAUCAUCUGAAGGUCAAACGUCAGGACAAGGGGGUGAAUAUGGUAGUGGAGGUGGCCAUGGCGGCGGUCAUGGCGGUGGACAUGGUGGAUUAGGAGGAGGUCAAGGUGGCGGUGUAGGAGGUGGUCAUGGCGGCGGAUUCGGUGGUGGAUUUGGAGGCGGUCAUGGAGGAGGAUUUGGUGGCGGAUUCGGAGGUGGACAUGGCGGUGGUCAUGGUGGAGGCGGAGGUCAUGGUGGAGGCGGUGGUCAUGGUGGAGGCGGAGGUCAUGGAAGUGGCAGUGGGUCUGGUUCUGGAUCAGGAUCCGGAUCUGGUUCAGGUUCUGGUUCAUUUGGAGGCGGCGGUUAUGGAAGCGGAUCAGGAGGUGCCAGCGGAUCGGGUUCUGGUGGAUUCGGAGGAAGUGGAUCAGGAUCGGGUUCGGGCAAUUUUGGUGGUUCGGGUGGAUUUGGUGGAAGUGGAUCUGGCUCAGGAGGAUUUGGCGGAUCUGGUAGUUUUGGUGGUAGUGGUUCAGGUUCUGGAGGAUUCGGUGGUAGUGGAUCUGGCUCUGGUAGUUGGGGCGGCAGUGGGUCAGGAUCUGGAGGAUUUGGUGGCAGUGGAUCCAGCUCCGGAGGUUUCGGCGGCUCGGGGGGAUUCGGAGGUAGUGGCGGCGGUUCAGGUGGUUUCGGUGGAAGCGGCUCAGGCAGUUUUGGAGGAAGUGGAAGUGGUAGCGGCUCUGGAGGAUUUGGUGGAAGUGGUUCGGGAGGUUUCGGCGGAAGUGGCUCAGGUGGUUUUGGAGGUAGCGGAUCAGGUGGAUUUGGAGGUGGCGGUUCUGGUGGUUUUGGAGGUGGCGGUUCCGGAGGAUUUGGCGGAAGUGGAGGAUUUGGAGGAGGCGCAGGUGGAAGUGGAUCGUUCGGAGGUGGCGGCGGAGGUUACGGAUCGGGUGGUGGAGGAUUUGGAGGUGGCGCUGGUGGUGGAUUCCAUGGUGGCGGCUAUGGAGGCGGCGGCGGCGGAUACAGACCUCGACCGACACAUAUUGGAUCACAAGGACAUGGAACUGGAGGUGGUGGCGGCCACGGCCAAGCUCAAGGUAGCUAUGGAUCGCAACACCAAGGUUCCAUUAGCAUAAGUGGCGGUGGUAAUGGAGGCGGUGGUGGCUCCGUCGGUGGUGGAGCUUCAUCAUAUGGUUAGAAUUUGCUCAUAGGAUUGCUUAUAUGUGUAAAUACCAAUAUUCUAAGUUCAGAAAGAAACGAAUUGGCGGAAUUUCUGCCAGAUCGAUAUUUCUAGUUCAGAUUUGAACAGAGUGAUAUAAAAAAAACUUUUCAUUUUUUUUUUCCUUUUAAAUACCUAGUAUUUUAAUAUAUUAUUUUGAUAUUAUUUGUAAUAUUUUUAUUUAAUUUUUGAAUGAAUUUUGUUGUGUUGUGUAUUAAACUAUAAGACUGUUUUUAUUUAUACCGACAAAAUUGUAAAUAUGGAAAUUUAAACGUU